AUGGAUUUUAUACUCUUCAAAUCGGAUCGGUCCUAUGUGAAUUUGUUCGUUGGAGGAGUAGUCAACUGCUUACAAUGGGACUCAUCCCCGAACCACGUAAAGCACCGUAUGGAUAUCGAUCGAGACGGCGUGCUGUUCAGAGAGGUGAGCGGUUGUCGAUGUGAAGCUGAGUUUUUCGGUCUGGAAGCCUAUCAGAGGAUGCUUCGACGCCGAUUAUGGAAACUAACUGGAAAGGCUGCGUACUACGCAUGUUAUUCGGAUUCCGAAUGA